GGUAUUCAAAGGGGGCGGAGUGGCGGAGUUGCAUAACGACAUGGUAGCGCACUUCGGCGGGAAUCCGAUACGAAUGCCGAUCUAUUCUAAAGAGUAGUGACUAUUAGAAAUAAAUUUCCUUCCCAAAGACGGACAACACCAGGACCUCUUCAGUCUGAAUCUGCUGGUAUCCAUUAUGUUAGUCACCUCAGCGUUCUGUUUUGUGACCUUAGUCCUGCCUCUCCACGCGACGACCAUCGAUUACAGAAAGGCAUGGACAACUAAGGGCGACAAGAUUCCGAACUUUUCAUUCGCAGGUUAUCACGAGUCCGAAAGUGCCCUCCCAUCUUUGAGCUCGUCCGCAAAGAAGACGCUCAGUCCUGGCUCCGGAGACCAGCAUGCUACUAUUCAAGCUGCCCUUGACGAGGUCUUCCAAGAUGGAGGCGGCGUUGUCGCGCUAAAGGCCGGCACGUUUGCGCUUUCUUCUGGUUUGCUUAUCCAAAACGGUACUAUCCUCCGGGGUGCAGGCAUCGGAAAAACGAUCUUGACGGUGAAGGAUCUGAGCGAGGAUGUGGUGACCUUGGGAAAGACAAGUGGUAAAGAGAAAAAAGGAAAGAGUAUAAAGAUAACAGAUGAUUAUGUGCCUGCUGGCACCGGCACCGUACAUGUGGCCGAUGCAAGGGGCCUAUCCCUAGGCAUGGAGGUGUAUGUUACACCGUAUACGCCUCCUACGCGACCUUCUGAAAUGGGCAUCGAAAAUCUGAGCAUGCGUGUCAAGCCAUCAUGCUCUGGGAGAGUGCUUGGGGAUAAGACAUGUUCUUCAGCUGCGGUCCGUAUCCCGUCGUGGACGACUGAUUCAUGGGUGCGCAACCUGGAUCUCACUGGAUUCAACAACCAUAUCGGCCUUCUGGAGUCAGCAUCUCGCAUUACAAUUACAACGGUCACCAUGAACCGCGAUGGUCCUACCGAUAACGACAAGGGCUACGCGCUUGAUAUUGCCAUUGAUGGGACGCAAGUACUGGUGCACAAUGUCAAGACCCUUGGAAAGAAGGAUGCAAGAAGUUAUAGUGUCGCAACGCAAAGCCUAACCCCGGGACCAAAUGCGUGCAUCGGUUAUGAGGCAGAGCAGGCCGUGGAGAGUAUUGAGCCUCAUCAGCGUUGGGCGCAUGGGUUCCUCAACGAAGGAAGCAAGGUAGCUGCAGUUCUUUUCAGGAACCGCGGUGGUGCUGGGAGCGGACACGGAUGGACUAUAAACAAUGGUCAGUCAGCUUCUGUUGCCAGUGACAAAUUCCUCUCUGUUAAAAAUACUAGGUGUAUCUUGGAACUCCAACGCGUCCUCUGUCGUCAUGCAGGAUCCUCCUGGAGGGCUGGGACAAAAUUACUGCUUCGGCUGCGUUGGUCCAAAAUCCAAGAAGGCAGGCGAAGAGACUAA